UGAUAUCAAAAAAAAUGUAAAUUUUUUUUUCUUUUUCGCUAAUUUAUUGUAAGAUAUUAGUGUCAAAAUCGUUCAGAUUUUUAUUCGAAAUCAAUAAUUCUUUGGAGAUUCGAUUAGAAAUUCAUGUCGUUCAAACGUCAUCUUCGAUCAACCAUAGACGCCGAAAUAAUUAAAAACAACUAUACAUCGGAGAAAAACAACCAAAUAUUAAUUUAUCCACGCAAAAAAAUGCAAUGAUAAUCUUAAUAGACCGAGAUAAAAAGUUUUGAAAGAAGCUUCCAAAAUUUUCCAGAAAACUUUCAUUUUUUUCAAAAAAAAAGAAUGUCUGGCUUAUUCAAAAGGUGUCAAUGCUUAGGCAAAGAUGACUUUUCCAACAAUCCAAAUUGCGAAGACUCCUCUCAAUUGGAACUUCAGCAUCAGGGAUUGGACGACUUACCUUCCUACUAUUUGCUUUACGAUAAGGUGCUAGAAGGAUUACACCUAGAGACAAAUAAUAUCUGCGAAAUUCCUAAGCUAUUGGCCUACUUCUCCAAUCUCAAAUACCUCAAUUUAAGCGAAAACGAGAUUAGUGCCAUCAACUCAACUCUAUCCGAAUUACUCAACUUGAAAGAAAUGGACGUCAGCAAAAAUAAUAUCUCCUCAAUACACGACUCAUUCCGACGUUGCGAAAAUCUGGAGAUCAUCAACUUGUGCGUCAACCCUUUGAGAACAGUGCCGACAUGCCUCACUCAGCUAACCAAUCUCACUCAAAUUUUCUUAAACGAAACUCAGCUGGAAGAAUUGCCAGAGGCUUUUGGAAAUUUGUGCAAACUUAAAAUACUGGAACUCAGAGAAAACAAUUUAACUAUUCUUCCAAAAUCCUUGUGUUUGAUGUCCAAUCUGCAGAGGCUCGACAUAGGAAACAAUAAUUUCAAGGAAUUGCCUGAUGUAAUUGGUACACUUUUUACGCUCAAAGAACUUUGGUGCGAUAUGAAUGAAUUGAAUAUAUUGCCUUCGUUUAUAGGGUGUUUAAAAUCGUUGGACUGUCUCGACGCUUCGCGUAACAAAAUUAAUCACAUUUCAGCUGAUAUUUCGGGGUGUACAUUGCUUAGCGACAUACAUCUGAGCUUUAAUCACUUGAAAGAAAUUCCAGAUUCACUAGGUCUUCUAGCAAAUCUUAACCUGUUAAAAAUAGAUUCCAAUCAACUGACAACGUUACCGGAAAAAUUUACGGGGAGUGAUAGUAACAUCAAGGAGAUAAUUCUCACUAAUAAUUGCCUUCCCAAAAUCCCUUCUUGGCUAGGGAAUCUUAGAAACCUUCACACUUUAUAUCUUGACGAUAAUCUGAUAGAAGAAUUGCCCAUAGAAUUGGGGGAUUGCAGUUCAUUGGCCAUAAUUUCCUGCAGGAAUAAUCGCUUAACUCAAGUGCCGGAAGAGAUAGGCAAACUCCAAAAUUUGAGGGUCCUCAAUCUUUGCGACAACAAACUGACGUGGUUGCCCAUGAGUAUCUUGAAGUUAACCAAUAUUACUGCUCUGUGGCUCUCAAAGAAUCAAUCGAAUCCAUUGAUCCCAUUGCAAAUCGAAUUUGAUCUCAAGACGAACAAGAAGAUGCUGACCUGUAUAUUGUUGCCUCAAAGGAAUGACGAAGAAAUUUCUAUCGCUACGCCGGAGGAAAAGCGGAAAGAAAUAGUCAAAUGUCAGAAAUCAAGAACAGAUGUAAUGUCAGAAGUCACCUUUCAAGAUAAUAAAAACCACACUUCAAUCAAACCCUUUUCCCCAUCGGUGAAUGGCAGAAAUAAGAUAGUGCAAUCAACACCUCUUAAACCUAAAUCCAUACUUACGUUUCAAGAAAAAUAUAAGGACAAUAAAAUCUGCACUAUGUCAACUCCUCGAUUCCCAAUCGAAACUAGCUUCGAUAAUAGUUCAAAUUUCCCAGACAACGUUGGCAACAUUGCGAACGUCGUUAAAAUCCAAGAAAAGUCUAACAACAUUGGAAAAACCAAGUGCUCAACCAAAGAUCAAUAUCUUGCAUUUGAAACAAAGGUUCCUAUAAAUCAGACCAAUAACGAUUGCUUCGAUAGUUCUGUUGCAUGUGCCACGACAAAUAGUUACAAUUCUAAUAGAACAACUGUCAAUCAACCCAUUCACCAAACAAACGGCAAUAAUCUUGGGCCCCUUUACAAUUUGAGCAAUUCUUCGGGUUAUUCAAGCGACGGUGAAAUAACUAGAAUCAUGAACGGGAUGAACAAAAGGGAAUGCAACUCCUGCAAAUUCAAAUGUCAAAGAGAUAAGACGUGUGACCUUGAUCAUGCUAAUACUGUUAUUAGAAACUCUAUAACGACCAACGAGAUAUCUGGCUAUCAAAAGGAAUUGCAAAGAAAUAAUAUCAAUGUCAACGACAGGAUCAUAUACCCACCAAACAAAAUUUAUCAUAUGGAUUCUAAUAAAUCUUUCAUAAUUCAAAAAUUCUUAGACACCAAUUUAGACGAUUAUGACGGGGACGUAAUCCAAAAUGGAGAACAAGGUGAAUAUCCAAUGAGAUACGUAAAUGAUCAAUGCAAUAAUUCAACCGGUAUUAUAGAUGACAACGAUAAAACAUUGACUCAAAAUAUGUACGAUGGCCAAAGAGUCAAUUAUUCUAAAGCCACACGUCUAGGUAGCAAAACCUGCAAUUACUAUAACAACGUAUCCAAACAGUACAGUAAAAAUACCCAGUACAGACCCACCAUUACCGGUAUUUUAAGAGGGUACCAUAGUGAUUGCGAGCGCAUGAGAGAGGACAAACUUAAUCUAGCCUACAAUAACUCGAAGAGGGAUAGAAACAAGAUUUCAAGUGAAUGUGUCGAGUAUCAAGGUUUGAAUUGCGGAGACGUGAGGCACGGUUUUUACGAUCUACAAACAAGAUGCGAGGUCGAUCGAGGUAAACGUGACAUACCUAACAUUCGCGACAGUAACGCCAUUCAAACGACUUCGAAUCAAUUUUGUGAUAAUCAUCCGACAUCUGCCAACCAGCAAGAAUGCGGUAUUCAUAGAUCCAAUUCCUUUAAAGAAGAAAAACUUGCCUUUGUAACGUUUCUAGGCCCGCAAACAAAAAAUUACGAUAUCGCGUGCGGGAUCAAUAACUGUAGCUAUUAUGAUGAAGAUCGGAGGAUCAAUUCUCGUUCAGAACACGAUAGCAAAAGAAAAUAUAAAAAUUGUCAUUGUCAACCUUUCAUCCAACCUAUCAACGAUGUGGCAUAUGGCGAUAAUUCUAAUUAUCCGACUUACUACCAAAAUAAAUGUAGAAUAACGUCUCCGUCACACCACUGCAUGUGCAAUAACAACAAAUCUUUAAAUAACGAAGUGAGUGACAACAACCCCUGUUACGUCGAUCACGACGAUAUUAAAGAAUACAACUCCCCGGGAGGACAAAACGUCAGAUUAGUGGAGACGUUUAAAUCACCUAAGCCAGCCUCCAAAAAUGAUAAAAUCGAGAAAGUUGUCAUCGCCAAGAAAAGUACGCUUCGCGACAAGUUUACCCUCUUAAAGCAACGCAAAAAGGAUGCGGACCAUAUGAAGAACAAAGGUUUCAAAAAGUUUUCCAGCCCCAACGAUAGCAAUAAUAAUUAUAAAAACGGGUUUCUCGAUAAUUUACCAAAAAGCUCCAAUUGCCAACCCCCGCCAUCCCUUACCAAGACAGGUGAUCAGCGUGAUCGCCAGAACAAUAACUCCUCGCUGUACGAAGUAGUGCUGGUUAAGCAGAAUAACGAGUUGGGGUUCAGCGUUGUAGGUGGCGGGGGCCAAUACGGAGAAACAGCACGACCCAAUAACGUUACUAAUAAUGUCUGCAAAUAUUGCAACGGGCACGUGAUCCCUCCCCUAAAUUCGGGAAUAAUCCACGAUUCUAAGACGUUAAACGGUGGCGUUUACGUGAACAAAAUUUUGAGAGCGGGUCCAGCUUACAGCGUUUUGAAACCGAAAGAUAUGAUAGUGUCGGUAAACGGGAUAAACUUUGCCGGCCUCACGCACGAACAAGCUGUCAAGAUUUUAAAAUCGACGGAUAACCUGGUCAAAAUGAAAGUCGUCAGAGAGAGCUCACAAUAAAAAAAAUAUUUUUUAAAAAAAUGGUAAUAUUUGAAUCAUCAAUAUUACAAAACAAAAUUAAAAACAAAUUCGGUGAUAAGAAAAUACUCUUAUAAUUUAUAUCGCUAUUUACAUAUGAGAUAGCGCAGUCUACCAGAUAAAAAAAAAACAAUAAUUACUCAGUAGAUAACUUGAAAAUGUCCAAUUAUCUUCCGAAAAAAAAAUGAUACUAACCAUAUAUAUUUAAUAUUUAUAUCUGAAUUCUAUAUUUAUCAGCUGUAAAUGUA